CGUAAUGACUCACCUCCUUUCAUGUACAUAUUUAUCAUUUUUUCAAUAACUAACUCGGGACCAAUUCGGUAGUGUCAUAAUAACUAAAGUGAUUGAAAACUCGAACACAAUGGAAGUGAUUAGAGAUGCUAAAAAAGUGAUCAACCAAGUAUUUGGAAAAGAGAAUAUGUUCGGAUUCGAGACAACGCUGGCUAAUCAGAUGUAUUUAUUGUACUGCAUGAUAGGUAACGUAUAUUACACCGAUAAAAUACAUCGAAAAACCAAACUGGUAUGGUUGUGGAUGGUUUACAUAUCAUGGUUACCAGCUUCUGUUUCUAUCUUACUAUACAUAGCUUAUGGUAGACAAACCGGCGAUUUGGUGUUGCUGAUUUACGUGGGAUUUUUACUCAUAUUCGCUCUGAUCGAAACAAUUGUGAAGCCCGCAAUCGCGGUGUAUUGGUAUGGAAACAAUAUAGAGCAAAUGAUUUCGAUGGCUGAUAAAAUAUUAACAAAAACACCAUCAACCGCCCCGCGUACGAGUACAUCCGACAAAUAUUUGGAUGCAAAAAAAAUCAUCAGCACUAUAUUAGUUGAAUUUGGAAUAAUAAUUGCACUAUAUGUAUCAUGCGUUACUCUAGAUGUGAUAUUCUUUUAUCGAGAAGAAAAGAUUAAAAACUAUAUGUACUACCUAGCUCCAGUUUCUGGACUCGAACAAUUCGCGUCAUUCCAAUUUUAUAUAGUUUAUCACCUCAUUUUCUACGGCAUGACUUGUGGUUUAUUGAUCAUUUUCUCGGUGCACCGAGUUUUUUCCGUACCUUGGGCAGUAAUAUGCCAUAACGAGGCGCAAAGGAUUAUUAACGAGUUGAAUUCGUUGAGUGAAGAUACGAACAUUAAUAUCGACACCUUCCGAAGUAUGGAACCAAAAUGCAGAUACGUUUUAAAAAAAUGCAUACACGAUAUAAAAAAUCUCAACAGAUUCAUUUCAACCUACAGAGGCUUUUUUGAAACUAUCGCCAGUCUUACCCUUCCCAUUUACCUGUACAUUGAAGUUGUCCAUGCUUUGAUUGCUGUAUCGCCAGAUAUCCCAGUCAUAAUCAGAGUGAGAGAAGUUAUCGUUUUCCUCGUCGCGAUUCAAGAAGUCUACAUAACGUGUUGGAUUGGGGCUACGUUGGAACAAACUACAUCGGAUUUGUCCUUCGCUGUAUAUUCUACACCGUGGUAUUGGUUAAAAAGCAUUCGCAAAGACGUCUACAUACUUUUAUGUCAAACAUAAGCGUCGAUCAAUCCACGAGCCUUGAAUGUCUAUCCACUGAAAUUGGCAACAUUUCUGCGAUUUUGCAACGUUAUCAAUUCUACAGUGAAUGUUUUUCGAGCAUACACGCAAAAAUAGUUAAUCUAAGGAAAUCACAUUGUCCAGCACAUAUUUCUAAACAGAAGAUUUGAAGUUUUUCCUAUGCUCAUUGUAUUGAUGGAAAUUUUCAACUACAUAUUUUCACCGAGUAAGUAGGUACCUAGUUCCUAAUAUGUAUUGAUUUUCUUGAAGCACGUUGUUAGAUCGCGCACAGGGAAACUAACAAUUGCAAAAAAUCAGACUAUAAUGAAUAACAGCAGAAGAAGCUCACCAAACAAUGGAGAAUUUUUUCUUGAAAACUUCUCUCCAGAAGCAUUAGUCUAGAACAGUUGGUUGCACCUACAUACUCAUUUGAAAGAAUGCACUCAAAAUGUGUAGGUAAAGUACCUAUAGGUUUCUGCCAAACAUGACCACCGAAAUCAUUACCUAGUUCUCGAUGUCAUAAUUUCGGUAAUGUUAUAAUAUACCUAGACAAUUAGGCAUAUUCAUCUAACCUGAAUUUUCGAUUACGAUACACUACACACUAAUCAUUGAUGUUAUUGAAUAGUAUGUGUGUAAUAAAUAAUAGUUUGAUUAUUUUUAUGUUUGAUUUGUAAAUUGGCAACACCGCAUGAUUUAAUAAAAAUGAAGUUAACUAUCAUAAAAAAAAUUCGAAAAUC